AUGGUCAGUCAGGCAGGUACGGAGUCCAGGAGGUACAGAGUGGCAGGCAGGUUCGAGGUCCAGGCAGGCAGAAUGGUCAGUCAGGCAGGUACGGAGUCCAGGAGGUACAGAGUGGCAGGCAGGUUCGAGGUCCAGGCAGGCAGAAUGGUCAGUCAGGCAGGUACGGAGUCCAGGAGGUACAGAGUGGCAGGCAGGUUCGAGGUCCAGGCAGGCAGAAUGGUCAGUCAGGCAGGUAUGGAGUCCAGGAGGUACAGAGUGGCAGACAGGUUCGAGGUCCAGGCAGGCAGAAUGAGGCUGAAGAAGAAGAAGACGACAAUCAAGAAGAACACCCUCAACCCUUACUACAACGAGUCCUUCAGCUUUGAAGUGCCAUUCGAGCAAAUCCAGAAAGUUCAAGUUGUUGUAACCGUUCUGGACUAUGACAAGAUCGGCAAGAACGAUGCCAUCGGCAAGGUCUUUGUGGGCCUCAACAGCUCGGGGACGGAGCUGCGCCACUGGUCGGAUAUGCUGGCCAACCCCAGGAGACCCAUCGCCCAGUGGCACGUGCUGAAGGUGGAGGAGGAGGUGGACGCUCAGCUCUCCACAAAAAAAUAGGCAGGGCCCUUAGAGCACCUUCCCCAUAGUGCUCUUUAGCCAGUAUGUGUAAAUACCUCAGUGAUAUAUGAGUCCAUCCACCGUCAAACCAAUCCAGCCAACACCCAUCCUUCCCACCAACUCCAUACUACUUGUCUUACCGCCUUCUUUUGUAAUUGUCAAUGGUUCUUUCAAACCCCUAGGCCCUGUCGUUCAGUUUUGUGUUUCUAUUUGUCAGGUUGGGAGUCCCCGCCCCUGACUAUGUUGUCCAUCUCUGCACCCUGAUUCCCCUUAACCAAAUUCCCCCUUCUUUUAAGCAAUAUGAUCUGUAUAGAUAGCGCAUGACUGAAAGGCAUUUAUUGUACCACAGUUGUAUAUAUCAGUCUGCAGGCAAAAAUGAUUUCUAGUUUAUGUUGGUAUGUUGUUACCCGUUUCCUAAUCGAUGUAUAUCUGGAUGUUUUUAAUAAGAUGUUCUAUUUUAAAUGAUGUAAAUGCAGAUAUAGGAGAGACGAUAUUAUAUAUUACAGGAUAAAACAUUUUGACCUUAUUGCAUUCCAGAGGAAGAAGAAAGCAAUUCCACCCUGUAAGAUGCUAAUGGAAGUAUAGUCACAUUGUAAAAGACGGUGUCUGGCUUUAUGUUUACUAAUGAACCAUUGCAGAAAAAAAGUUGAAAUACACAGAAAACUAGGCCGUUAACUACUAUGGUUUCAUGGAAAAAUAUAUGCUGCUGGAUAGUAUACAAGCACAUGGUUUCUUAUACACCUUUUUAUACACAUUUCUCCAUCAGAGGACCUACUUGUUUUGCUUGAAACACAAUGUUCUGGAGAUCUCUCAAAUCGAUGCAAACCGGUUAGCCUUUUUCCUUUUCCUUAAGCAGGGCAUCACCUUGUGACACAGUCAGUUACUUCGAAGUGAAAUAGGUCCUCAUUUGAAAGGCCAUCUUUUCAUUAAAUGAUUGACUUUUUACAGACCGGUCCUCUUAAACCCAAAUGACUAUUCCGCCAAACCCCCCUCGGAAACUGAUCCCGUAUGAAAUAGAAUCAAGCAGUAGCCAUUGUGUCCUUAAGCUUGUUGAACAAUAUAUACUUUCAAUAGCCUUGUUGUUGGAAACGGAUUAUGUUCAGGACAUUGGAGUCUCAAGGUCUCCAUAGAUGGAACAAAGAGUUUUGACUCUAAGCUUUUAGAUUACUAUUUUUUAGAUAAAUUCAGCUGAUUUUUUUGUAAACUGCAUGAUUUUUGAAACAAUAUUUGCUAAAGGCUGGGAUGGGGGGGGGGGGGAUCUACCAACACCAUGGGGCUGUCUCUUAUGAUAACAUCCCUUGCCUUCAAUCUAUUUCAUCCAGAUUAAAGCUGAAGUGAGUGAUUUGAUGGGUCAGUAUAUGAUUAUUAUAUUGACUGGAAGUAAAGUGAGUUUCUAAACACUGCCAUGUUCAGGGAGGUGGCACAUGUAGAGUAACCUUCUCUCCAUGCACACUCCCACUAGGUAGUGGUCGUAGCUUUGGUUUAUCGGGAACAAUGUAUUUGGCUGCACAAGGUGCCCUAAAUAGCAGCUUUGUGUUGCCUUCUCACAGUGGCAAUAGAGCCAUGUUAUACUGCCAAUCUUACUUUCUGUACGGCUACUGUUUUGCACUGUAUGACUUUGAACCGGCAAUGGCUUGUUGACUUCUUUACACUAUGUUGACGGUCCUUAUUUAAGGAUGCUCAAUGCGCAGGGGAGCUUCUGGUUCUUGGUAUUUACUUAAAGGAACAGUACAUGAAAGCAACAACCAUAUAACUGUAUCUCUUCGUUGAGUAAACCGUAGUUGGCCAGUUUUCUAUUGUUGGCUCUCAGUACAACACCAAGAGAACAAUGGGAUAUAAACAAUGACUCUAAAAGUUAAUGGUCUGCAUAGGGGAUAAUAUUUGUUUAUAUGUCCUUUACUACGGGCCCAAUAAGAGGAAUAAGUAAGACGCUUGAAUCCAUGAAAUCCGUGAAGUCUCUUAUCUUGGAGGAACCUCCAUGCAUAUACUGGAUGCUAGCUUCAGGAGUCGUUUCUAAGUGUUUUCAAUGUUAUUGUGUAGUUGAUAGCACUAUUAUGAAAAAGCUAUUUGUCAUUCCAUGGGCGUCUCUGAGGACAGCUUUGUGUGUCACUGUGACUGCCGUGCGUGCUUAGAGGUGUAGACUUUAUCAAUAGCGACAAGUUUGUUCUGUAGUGACGUUGUACUGCCAUUUCCCUUCCACAUGCUGAGAGAGUGCAUGGCAUCGUCAGUGCUUAUAACUGUGCAGCGGCUGGUUGGUUGAUUGACAGGGCUACACACAGGAGUUCUAGAACGUUUUAUGGGAGAGCGAGAGUGGUGGGAUUCACACAGCAUUUCGUUGAGCACUGUGCAAUACUUGUAUGUUCAUCCCAUAGUGUUGUGUGGGUUGUGUUUGCCCGAGAAAAAAAAAUGAAUAUUUAAAGUUGAAAGACUCCUAUCAAGUGAGACGUAUUCCUCUCCAGUGAGAUGGUUAGGACACAGCACAUAUAGCUUCGGUGGUGGUUGGAGCCUGACAUCUAAAAUCCUUCUGUUAAGGGUUCCCUCCUAUCCAGUUCGUUUUUUCUCGCACACAGAUUCGGCUUCAGAAGUUUCAGGACAUAGUGGGAUUGGGAAAUACCUAAAUGUGACGCACGCACACACACAGAAACAUUUAAAUGACCCCUCACCCUCUGAAAGUACAUAUGUACAUAUUUUCGUCAUUUUCCAAAAAGUAAUUUAUUUAGCAUAUUGAAAUGGUCAUGAUUAUUACCGAAACGUAUCACAUCUUGUCAUGACAACUUCAUCCAUCAUUGUAUCAACCUGAUAUACUAUACUAUAUCUAAUUAUGAUUCUUUUUUUAUGAAUAAGUUAUGUUUACAACCCUGUUGAAAAUACUUUUAUAUUUGAAAUGAAAACUCUGAAUGUGCAGUUUGUGUGUUUUUUGUGGUGAUUAACUCUGAGAUUAGUAGUUUUUGCAAAAAAAUGUUGAUUUGUGUGUGUUUUAAUUUAUGUAUUUAAAUACCCUUUUGGGUAGACCUUCCCCGGAUAAACUAUACAUUCCAGAAACAUUGAACAUACAUUUAAUCACAGCAGAAUGUGCCCUAAUGAAUUACAUUCCCUCUUGAACUAUAUAUUUUUUCAUUUAACAUAUUUAUUAUGCAUCCUUUAAAUCAUGAAUUACAACAACAACAAAAAACACUUGUUUAAAUCAAACAAGGAUCCAACGUAGGCUCGGUAUUUGAAUGGAAGGAGCAGAUCCACAAGGGUACGACUAAAUCACUAAAGAAAGGCUGUAAUCGGUAUUUAAAGGGGAAGGAAAUCAGAAUGCUUCAACAAAGGAAAGGGAAAGCGUCGAAUUCUUGAGGGGCGGGACACUACAGUAAGAGGCAGCAUUACAGGAUCAGAUUGUGAGGUGUGUAACUUACUGUACUACAAGAAAAGCCACUAGCUGCAAUGUAAUGCUACUCUUACUGGUCCCCCCUACUAAAUCAUGGAAGCAAAACCCCUCACAUCCUAUUCAAGAAAAGCCCAUACAUCUCACUGUGUGACCAGAAACAUAUAAGAUUCUCUAAAAUGACGACAACAAAAAGCCACUCUAACCUUUCAAGACGAAGCUGUGUAGAGUAUUAGAGUCUGAUGCUGUAGAAAGAUCCUAGUUGCCUUUGUGUAUAUCAACUGCCUGCUUGAGUAUUUCUGUGUUGACAUUUUCUCUGUAAUCUUGUACAACUGUUUGGGCUGUUUUUCCUGCCAUAUCGCUCGCGGUGACAGCGAGCUGACAGUUACUGUAUAUUGCUGUGUAUACCUUCAUUUUUUAUGAGGUGUUUUACAGUUUUGUUUCACUUUGUGUAGUGAUUCACUCUGUGGAGUUUUUUUUGACUGUUGUUAUAUAACUUCAUAUACACAAAUGAUCAAUAAAAAUGUUUUAUUUCCUGUUGAUACA